AUAAUGAUAAUAACGAUUUAAAAUAUGUAAUUCAAUUUUAAUAAACUAUUGAUUUAUUUGUAUAUGCGUUCAACUAACAAAUUACAGUUUUUAACUACUUAUAAAUUUGUACAGUGAAUUGGGUCGAAUUUAAUAUUAUAAAGGAUGUUAAUUGUUAAGGUUUAUAUCUCGAUCACAGUGUUUAUGGUGUGUAUUUUAAUUGUUGACAAUAAUAUAAUCAUAUAGUCAUAAUAUUACUCUAUGAAUAUACCUUAUACAAUCUGCAACAUAAGUAAUAAAUAAUAAAUGUUCAAUACAUUCAGGUUUUUAGCGAAAUUUAUUAAAGUCAUCUACGAAUACAUAUUAACAUAAAUCAUGGACACAGAACCAUUGGAAUACCAAUUCAAACCAUUUGUGUUCACAUUGAAAGACAAGACCCAACCGCCUGUAGAUCGUCCACUUCCCAAAGUAGACCAUAAUAUUGCAUGCAAUAAUGACUUUAUAUUUUCAUACGCAUGUGGUCAUUCUCUCCAACCAUUGGUAAAUGUCGGUGUCACUCUAGGGACGGUGAGUUUGACUGUUGACUAUUGCUUAGAACAGUAUUAAAUUGUAAACAAAUUUUUAAUUUUAGGAGCAUGUGGAAGGAUCUUUGUGGAAGUACAACUUUAUUGCUGGUCUUUGGGAAAAUAUUACUUGUAGGAAUUUCCCAGGAAGUUUAAAAUUCAAUUCUGUCUUACUUUCAGGAAGUAUUAUAUUCAUUCACGGUGGAAAAGGCAUUCGUUAUCAUAAUCAAUCAAAGUAUCAAACAUUUAUUGGUAUAUAAUAAUUCAUAUUUAUUGUCGCUAGAUUUAUUUCUUUUUUCAUUUCUGUAUGUAGGAGAUUUAUCAAAUGAACACAAUGAAAAUGGUGUAGAAUUUGAAGAAAUUCAUUGUACAGAUGGAAUACCUAAAAAUGGAUAUGGCCAACCGAUAAUUAUUGAUGGUCAAUAUUUAUACUCUGUAAAUGGAGUUGCUGAACAUGAACAUGAAAUGGAUGUAUAUAGGCUGGAUCUGAGCACUAAAAAAUGGAAGUUAUUAUAUGAGGCACGGGGCUGGCAUGCAGAUACUACAUAUAAAUUCAAACAUGAAGUGGCAUAUUAUAACAAGAAAAUAUACAUGUUUGGAGGUGUUCAUUUUCCAUCUACAAAUACUAAUGCAAUUACAGGGUAUAUGAAUAUGUUUCAAGUGAGCUAUAUAUUAUAUGAUGUGUUUUUGUUAAUUAUUUUAUAUUUAUUUCAUUAUAUUCUAGAAAAUACACAUUUUUGAUUUAUCAUCUAACACAUGGCAGUAUUCUCAAACGGUGCCCGACUGUCAAAAUUCAUUUUGUUAUCCUGUAAAUCGGAUUCAUCAUGCAUGGGUGCAAUGUGUAGUUCAAAAAGAGUUUGUAUACAUGAGUGGUGGUUAUAAUGGGGUAAAAUCAUUUAAUGACAUAUGGCGUUUUAAUCUAGCUACUUUAGAAUGGUGUCUUCUUAAGUCAUUUUUUUUACGUGAACCCACUUAUUUUCAUUCUAUGACAAUUACUCCAGCAGGUCAAUUGUACUACUAUGAUGGUGUGGUUUGUAAAACUCAUUUAUAUUCAUACUCUAUAAGCCCUAAUGAUAACAUACAGUGUGCAUGGAUUUCAGUGCCCAAAUUACAUGCUAUUUGUUGGGAUGCCAUGUUAUACUAUUUUAAAAAUCAAAUGUUAAAGUCUUCUUUUGAAGACUUAAAGAGUUUAGGAAUACCAUCAGAAUAUUGUAGAAGUAUAACUAAAGCCAAAUCAUUAUUAUAAUUAAAUUUACAUUUGUUUGUGAAUACCAUUGGUAUAAGACUUAAAUAUCUAAUAUUAUAUAAAACAACUUUAUUUUAUUUAGUAAAAUAACUUUCUCAGCGACUAGGGUCAUUGACUAUAAAAAAACCAACUUUUUAUUAGUGCAUUUUAUUAUAUGAAUAUUAAUGAAGUAUCAUUUAUAUGAUUAUUAUAUUAAUCAUAAUACUUUUGCAACAAACCUAUUAUGGUAAUUACCAAUACUGCAUAAAUGUCAGCUUUAGUCAAAUAAUAUAUUAAUUAUGAUUUUUGAGUAAAGUAAAAAUUUUAUAUGAUAAUCUUUUUUCUUCCUCAUGAUCUUUAUGGCUUUAUCACAUGCAAGUGUGGUCACUGGUCAGCUAUUCUUACUUUUGCUUUCCACAUCACUAUCCAUAAUCAUAUCCACAUUUCAAUCCUUAUUAUUUGUUCUAUAACCCAACACGUCCUGGUUUCUCCAUUUAUACUCGCCUCAUUUAUCUUUUGAUUAUUGCACAUAUAUCUUUCUCAACAUACUCAUACCAUCUAAAUAUCUUUUCUUUUUACACCAGAAUAGGUUUUUAAAUUUUAUAUUACUAUUAUUAAAUAGCCCUAAGCAAAUAAAGUCCUAUUAGGGAUACAUUUAUUCUAAGUGAUUCUGAUUAAAUAAGUAUAUCAAAUGUGACUUCUCUAGAAAUAAUUAUUAAACACAUAAUUGUAAAUAUUAUUUUAAUUUAAGCCAUAUUAAUUGUAGUUUAAGGUAAUUACUUCAUUUUUAUAAAAUUUGAUUAAUGACUGAAAUCUGUUUCACAUUAUACUAUGUAUAUUGUAUACAUUGCAAAAACGCAUAAAACAAAACUUCAUGGUUUAUGAAAUAUGUAUUAUUGUUAUUAUUAGUACAGUAGCUAUGAAUAUGGUGCCAAUCAAUAGUCAAAAAAAUAUCCUAUAGUCCUCUAGGUUUUUGUUAAAUAAUUUGAUUAAAAUUUAACCUAGUCAUCUUUAUUUAAUUAUUUAUUUAUAUAAUUUGUACAUAAAUAAAUACUCAUUUUUUAAAGAAAAUUAUCGGGACAUGCUAAGCAUGUGAAUAUAAACAUAAAUAAUAAAUGCAAAAAUCGUUCCUAUCAUCAAAACUAUACAUAUAAUGUAUUUUAAAACAAUAAUAAUGUAUGAUAAAAAUUUUGUCUAUUUCAAUUAUUUUUAACUGUAUUUAUUGAGAUUAUAUCAUUACUUUUUCUGGUAGAGCAUCCACUAGAAACUACGGUCCUAACUAUCUGGGGAAAGCUCUGUCAGUUGCUCUUUGUGAAUGAAUGGUAUUAUUCGUAUUCAACUAUUUUACGUGAUAGUGUGAAUGUAUAUUAUUUGUAAAAUUAUUAUUACUAUUAUUAUUUAAAUAUAAAUUUUUAAGUAAAAUAUUUAUAAAAUAAUUGCCAUUUUUUCCAUUUAUUAAGUAAAUUAAGAAAAAGUCAAAAAAUUAACCUUAUAAAUGCACAAACUAGAUCAAAAAUGCUAUAAGAAAGUUUUUGAUUAGAAUAUUUCUAGUAAAAAAGUUGUUUAAACAUAUAAAAAAAAACAUAAUGAAAUAUUCCUUGCUUUGUUCAGUCUAAAGGGUAAACAUAAUGAAAGUACUUUAAAAGUUUAAAAAAUUAUCAAUUAAACCAUUACAAGUAGUUUUAAAAUGUCAAGUGAACUAUUUACAAAUUAAGAUAUUAAAUUUAUUUAGAUUUUAAUACAUUAUUGCUAUUUUAUAACUUUUAAUAUUGUAAAUAGAUUUAUUUUAUUAAUUUAUAUGGGCUAGGUCCUUUGGACAAAAUACAGGAACAUAUAUUAAUUAUAGUUUUUUUAUACCAAAUAAGUUUAGAAAUCAGACAUUUUACAUGCUCGUAGUCUGCUUUCCUAACUUGUUAAUUUAUUGACUUCAUUUCCAAUUGGUUUUUUUAGGAAAAAUUUUUCUAAAAAGAAACUGUAAUAUCAUAAUAGUUAUAUUAGAAAAUAUAAACACUCAUUUGACAUGUAAAUUAUGAUAUUGUAAAUAGUACUUUGUACUACUACCUACCUAUGUUAUUUUUUAUUAUAUUUAAUGUUAUUAUUUUUUUUACUAAGUACCUUUAGCUUUUAUUUUAAAUAUGUUGUAUUAUGUAAGUAUUUAAAUAAAAUUACUUGUGUAUUUAAGCUAAUUUUUUUUCAUGAUUCUAAGUGG